AUGUCCGCAAAUCGAUCCGUCUUUCCCAAGGGCCCGAGUUUCACCCUAGAGGAUUUCUCAAGCCGCGACUACAUUGUCAAGGAGUUUAUUGAAACUCUUUCUGACUCCGCGGCCUCAAACCGCCGUUCUACGCUAGGCCCUGCCAGUGGAAACCAGCCCUUUGACCCCAAACCUCUCAUACGCACUUUUGAACAUGCGCAGCGGCGUCUGGGGGAGCUGUCUGGCGACUUGGAGAUCAAAGAAAAUGAGCUUUCGGCAGCUGUCCGAAGGGCUGAAGCCCAGCACUCCCAGAACCUCAAUACUUUGGGGGGAAAGCUAAAGCAAGCUAUUGAGUCGUUUCAACAAUUGGAUACAUCGCUUCACAGCAGUGGACUCCCUGGCGGAGAAUUAGCCGGCGCCACUGGGAAUAUGGCUGUGGAAACAGGGAAAAGACUCGAAGAGCUUGACCGGCAGAGACGCCGUGCGCUCGACACUCACUUUCUGCUUGAAUGCUGGGAUGGUGUUAGUAACAGGGGGGAAAUUACUCUUUUGGAAAACCUAAGACGAUCUGGCUCAGGCGAAGCGAAAGUGCGGUCUGCACACAUUGCGCGACAACUCCUAAGAAUCAGCCAGAGACUCGACCAGAAGAGCUGGAAUGAGUCCAGAGGCAACAAGCCGUAUAAGAACGGACAUGCGGCACCGAAUAGCACCGUGGAUGGGGCUAAUGGUUCUCAAUGGAACACGCGCGAGAUCAUUGAGAAAUUCUCUGAGACACUGGAGAAAGACCUUUUGAAACAGUUUGAUGAUUUUUACCGAAAGGCCAACUUUGAAGGCAUGAAAGAUUGCGCCACUGUCCUUCAGGACUUCAAUGGUGGGGCGAGCGUCGUUGCGCUGUUUGUUAAUCAACACCAGUUCUUCAUCGAUCGUAGUCAACUAGUCACAGACGAGGUUGGCGGGGAUCCGGAAACCUGGGAGAAACUCGCAGACCCAGAUGCGGAACCACCAGGAGCUGAGCCGAGCCUCCAAUCGUUAAUCGACGAAGUCAGGGUUGUGGUACAGGAAGAAUCAGCUAUCAUAAAGCGGGCUUUCCCAAACUAUGAGCAAGUCCUUGGGAAAUUCUUGCAACGCGUAUUUCAGCAAUCGAUCCAGCAACGGCUUGAGAUGGUUCUGGAAAAGGCCAACAAUGUUUCGCCGCUAGCCUUCCUCCGUUCCCUUCAGAGUUCUCGCAGUGCGAUCAGUACACUGGUGGACGAAUUAAAGACCCACGGCUUGACUGAGCAUCCCGAGACCAUAUCAUCGCAAACAUCGCUUAUCCUUGAUCAGCAACUAGAGGAUCUUUUCGUGCCUUAUUUCGUUGGGUCCUCUUACAUUGAAAGGGAAAAGAGGACAUUGGAGGAGUUGUAUACUUCUCUGCUUUUCAAAUUUACCACAUUCCACGGCCGUAGGAAGAAGGCUGCCAACACUUUCAUGGCCUCCCUUUCGAAAUCCGGUAGCGAGCUUCUUGCAUCUGCUCGAGAAGCAUAUAUUAGCCGCCUAGAGUCCUCUGAACACUCAGCUACACAGAAAAGGGUUCUUAUCCAAGUUGCGGACUUGAAAGAAUCCAACGAUCUUGCACGGCCCAACGAGGUCACGUUCACCGAGGAAGAUGGGCAGCCCAUCAUAUUUUAUGCAAAAAGAAUGCUCAAAUGGCUUGCAGAGGCGGUUGGCAGAGGCCUGGAACUCAGUAUGAAUAAUGAAACCCCGAAAGACAUGCUGACACUCUUGAAUCUUCUGCUAUCGAUGAUGGGAGAAGGUUACCUAGAGGUUUGUCUCGAUGCCGCUCUGGAAGCGGCCGCAACCCAAGAGUUGGGGAAGGUUGAGCCAGAUUUUGCUUUCCUGCCUGCUGUCCGUGAUUCGAUUAGCAUUGCAAAUUUGAUGGUAAUGUGUAUCAAGACGUUACUCAUUCCUCUUGCAGCAGGAAGCGUUACCAUCCGUCGCGACAUGGAAAAGAAGACCAACCUGGCUACUAUCCGUGUAGAAGAGAAAAUCAAUAUGAUACAGCAGAAGGUCAUUGACAUCACAUUAAUUUGGGUGGGCAAAGUCCUGUCCAGUCAGAAGAAAAAUGAUUUCCGGCCGAAGGAGGGCGACAGUACGGCUUGGUUAGAGAAGUUACAGACCCCGACAUGUGCGUCAGUAUGUGCGUUUCUCACAAGAGUUCAUAAGGUUGCUGUGCAGUCGCUGCCGGCUAGCGGCACCAAUCUGCUGCAGUUGCUUACAGAGAUCGCCCUCGGGACUCGCAGCCUCCUGCUUGAGCAUUUCAAACGGUUCGUCGUCAAUGGUCCUGGUGGACUCAUGGUGACCAAGGACAUGACGCAAUAUGCCAAUCUACUCAAGUCAUGGGACAUUGAUGAUCAGAUACGGGCCGCGGGUGGGAUGCUGGACGUGCUGCUUGAAGUUGGGAGUCUUUUUGUUAUUGGACCCGAGGCUCUUCGGGAGAGGAUACGUGGGCCUGCCAACUCUUCCGGGGGGAGAUCUGGCAACAAUCCCGGAGCGGCUUCCGGGCGAGGCCUGGGUGUCACUGGCACUGAGGCUGGGCUCGGGUCACAGGAUGUAAGAGCUUAUGUUUGCCGCAGAGAAGACUCCAACACGCCUGUGAUGCAGCAAAUGCUUACUAGUAUUGUAUGA